CGGCCGUUGUGAGCGCGAGGGCUUCCCUGAGGGCGUGAGGGACAGGCCUCAGUGGGGCGAGUUGGCCGUCGAGGGGGCUACUAGCCCUUUCCCCCCCGUCCUGGUGCCGCACACGGUGGGCGGACCCGGGAGCCAGAAGCCACCGCCCCGGGCGGGCCGGAGAUGAGGAGCUGAGCGCGCGUCAGCCGGCGAGACCGGGGCCGCGGAGCGGGGCGGCGGCGCCGACCGCCACGGGCCACCAUGCCGCUGGUCACGAGGAACAUCGAGCCGCGGCACCUGUGCCGCAAAACGCUGCCCAGCGUGCGCAGCGAGCUGGAGUGCGUGACCAACAUCACCCUGGCCAAUGUCAUCCGCCAGCUGGGCAGCCUCAGCAAGUUUGCCGAGGACAUAUUCGGGGAGCUCUUCACCCAGGCCAACACCUUCGCCUUCCGGGUCAGCUCUCUGGCCGAGAGGGUUGACCGUCUACAGGUGAAGGUCACUCAGCUGGACCCCAAGGAAGAGGAAGUAUCACUCCAGGGCAUCAACACCCGCAAGGCCUUCCGGAGCUCCACCGCCCAGGACCAGAAGCUCUUUGACCGAAAUUCCCUCCCGGUGCCGGUCUUGGAGACGUACAACGUCUGCAACACCCCUCCGCCCCUCAACAACCUCUCCCCGUACAGGGAUGAUGGCAAGGAGGCGCUCAAAUUCUACACGGACCCGUCGUACUUCUUUGAUCUCUGGAAGGAGAAGAUGCUUCAGGACACUAAAGACAUCAUGAAAGAGAAGCGAAAGCACCGGAAAGAGAAGAAGGACAAUCCGAACCGUGGGAACGUGAACCCGCGGAAGAUCAAGACGCGCAAGGAAGAGUGGGAGAAGCUGAAGAUGGGGCAGGAGUUCGUGGAGUCCAAAGAGAAGCUGGGGCCGGCGGGGUACCCGCCCAACCUGGUGUACCAGAACGGCAGCAUCGGCUCCAGCGACAGCAUGGACACGGGCGGUGGCUACCCCCUGCCCCCGACGUCCGACUCCAACUCCCCGCCGUCCCCGUCUUUCCCCGAUGACAGCCUGCUGCCGCCCCCGCCCCUGGAGUUCAGCUACCCGGUGGACGACCGCAGGGGUUCCGGCUCCGCGGGCCCCAAGAGGUCCAGCCUGGUCAGCCCGAGCCACCCGCCUCCCGCCCCGCCGCUCGGCUCCCCGCCGGGCCCCCGGCCGGGCUUCGCGCCCCCGCCGCCGCCGCCCCCGACCGGCGGGGUGCCCCCGCCGCCGCCCACCGGCUAUGCCCCCCCCAACACCCCUCCGCCGCCCUCCCCCCCGGCCUUCCCGCCCCACCCUGACUUUGCCGCUCCUCCACCCCCUCCUCCGCCGCCACCCCCGGCGGUAGAUUAUCCGUCUCUUCCGCCCCCGCCCGCCUCCCAACCGGCGGGCGGUGCUCCCCCCCCACCCCCCCCCCCUCCGCCCCCGCCCGGCCCGCCUCCCCCGCCUUUCGGAGGCCCGGACGGUCAGCCGCCGCCCCCGCCGCCCCCCUCGGACACGCCCGCCUCGAAGCAGAAGUCCAGCCUGCCUCCCGUGAGCGACGCGCGCAGCGACUUACUGUCCGCCAUCCGCCAAGGCUUCCAGCUGCGCAAGGUGGAGGAGCUGCGCGAGCAGGAGAAGCGCGACGUCGUGGGCAACGACGUGGCCACCAUCCUCUCGCGCCGCAUCGCGGUGGAGUACAGCGACUCGGAGGACGACUCUUCCGAGUUUGACGAGGAUGACUGGUCCGACUAGAGGCCCCUUGAGGGGCGCCUGCCCCUCCUCCGCCCCCCACCCCC